AUGAGCAACCUGAUGAAUGCCAUUGCCCUGCUCCUUCUUGGCAGUGCUACCCUUAAUACUCCAUGGGUAUCUCCUGUGCAUGCCUGUACCACUCUGUUAGUCGGUCGCAAAGCCACCGUGGAUGGCUCAGUCUUGGUGUCUCAUUCGGACGAUGGCGGUGGGAUUGCCGAUCCUCGCAUUCUCCAGAUUCCCUCGAAACCGUGGAAUUUGACUCUUCGAGAUCAGCAGUCCAUUGUGAGACCCGUCAUGCCCGAUUUGGAAGAUUUUGAUCGCUAUAACGGAGAUCCCAUUGGUUCGGUGGAGAUACCUCGGAAUAUGACGGAUUUUGGUACCAACAGCAAUAAUAGCAACAACACGACAUAUUCCUACUUUGAUGGGACUUACGGGAUCCUGAAUACCCAACAACUCAUUGUGGGAGGCGAAUCUACUUGUUCCGCCGUAUUCACCGCUCAAGCUGGUCCUGCUCGCCUCAAUAUCAACGAAUUGUCGCGAAUAGCACUGGAGUACACAUCCAAAGCACGACAGGCCAUUCGACUCAUGGGAUAUCUCGCCGAACGCUAUGGCUUUUACGGGGCGUCGGACAAUUUGGAAGGGGGUGCUGAAUCCUUACUAGUAGCCGAUCCACAAGAAGGAUUUGUCCUGCACAUACUCCCCGAUGAUACCGGAACCAGUGCCAUUUGGGUCGCGCAACGUGUCCCCGAUCAUCACGUCACGGUCGUCGCCAACAUGUUUAUCAUUCGCACAGUCGAUCCGGACGAUACCCACAAUUUCAUGGGAAACUUUGAGUACAUGUAUCAAGUCGCACAACGCAAUAACCUCUGGCAUCCAAACAACAGCAACGCACCAGUAUUCGACUUUACACGAAUCUUUUCCAAUGGAGAAUACGGACACCAAUAUUACAGUGGCCGACGCAUCUGGGGCGCCUAUCGACUCGUGGCACCGUCCUUGGAACUGGCAUCCACCUAUGACAAUCUACUGCUCGUAUCACCGUAUCCCUUUAGUAUUCCACCCGAUCAAUUGCUUUCCUUACAAGAUCUGUUUCGCAUUCAUCGCGACUACUAUCAAGAUACACCUUUUGAUCUGUCCAAAGGACUCGCCGCCGGUCCCUUUGGAAAUCCCGAUCGAUUCACCGUGCCCUCUCAUCAGCGUCAUGCCAUUGCAGAGAAAUACUAUCACGGCCAACAACAACAACAAGCCACGGGAGUCGGAUGGGAACGACCCAUUGCCCUCUUUCGCACCACCUACACUACUGUCUCACAAGUCCACUCGUCCCACAACAGUAAAGAUGAUGGAACCCUCUGGCUGGGGGUGUAUGCACCUCAUGCCACGUGUUUUCUGCCCUUUUCCACCCGUGUCACAUCCUUGCCCGACAGUAUCACACAAGGACACAUGACAAAACUCGACAAAUCCACUGCCUUUUGGACGUUUCGGUACAUGCAUUCGUUGGCGCGGUUGCGAUACAAUUUGCUGGCGCCACUCAUUCACGAGGCCCAAACCAAAUGGGAAGGUAUUGCGUUGGAACUGCAACAAUCCAUCCUCCAACAGCAAGACGACGCGGAGACGGUCACGCAACUCUACCACAAUCACACGGCACACGUGUUACGGGCAUGGUGGGAACUGGCCGAUACGCUUGUAUUCUUGUAUGCCGAUGGAUAUGACAAUCAACAGGAAUUCAAAGCACCGGCACUGGGAUAUCCCACGGAAUGGCUCGAACGAGUCGGGUAUCAAAACGGACCGCCGCCGCCACCACCACCCACAAGUCAGAAUCACGACGACAACACGUUGCCCUUUGGAGUCGUGACGACCAUCCUCUUUCUGGUUGUGGUAGUAGCUGUCCUGUGCAAGUGGCGCAAUACGUUCCAGCACCACUACCACAAGAACGAACACAAAAAACACCAUCAGCAUCAUCAUCACACCCAAACUCCCGAAACCAUUCGCUCCGAUUCCAUGGAUUCGAUGGACCGAUUUGUUCCCUUGGGGGACAAAAAGAAUCACUACGGAUCGUUGCAAUAA